UCCGCAUAUAAACCCAGCUGUUCGUCGUUUCACGUAAAAAGAAAAAAACCAACCGACGAUCCUCCCUCUCACUUUCUCUCUCCGCCAUUUUUUUCUUCCUCCGUUUACUCAAUUCCGUCGCGCUCGCCGCCAAUGGUGAUGGAGGACAACAGCGAGAGCUGCAGGAGUAGAGCGCUGAACAACUCGUCAUCUUCUCCGGCUCAGUCUCGCCAGCAGAGGCAGAAGCUCGGGGUUUACAAUGAGGUCCUCCGCCGCCUCAAGGACUCCAAAAACGACGAAGCUAUUUGCCCUGGCUUCGACGACGAGCUUUGGGCUCACUUCAAUCGCCUCCCCACUCGGUAUGCGUUGGAUGUGAAUGUAGAGAGGGCAGAAGAUGUGCUUAUGCACAAAAGAUUACUGCAUUUGGCUCAUGAUCCUGCUCAUAGACCAGCGAUCGAAGUCCGCCUUGUACAGGUUCAUUCUAUCGCAGAUAUGAAUACAGAUCCGGGUAAAGAUGCUGCCCAAAGUUCAAACAUAUCUAACAGACAAAGUAUACAUCCCCCUCCAGCGUUUGGCUCAUCUCCUAACCUCGAAGCCCUUGCACUUGAGGCAAAUAAAUCUGAAGAUCAUGAUGCUGAACAUGCUGUACAUGCCAGAACUCAGUUUACUUGGCCCAUAACGCAUGAAAUCACUUUCUCAACAGACGAUAAGCCAAAACUACUCAGUCAGUUAACUUCCUUGCUUGCGGAGGUUGGGCUGAACAUCCAAGAAGCACAUGCUUUUUCCACAUUAGAUGGUUACUCCUUGGAUGUCUUUGUUGUUGAUGGAUCGCGUUACGAGGAAACAGAGAAGCUUAAGAUUGCAAUACAAAAGGAAGUUUUAAAGAUUGAGAGGCUGUGGUCGCCAACUCAUCGAUCAUCAUCUUUUGGCAGCGAGCACAAUCAAGUAGUGAUCAAAACUGAACCUGAUCAUCUGGAAAUACCUAAUGAUGGGACUGAUGUAUGGGAACUUGAUCCUAGACAGUUGAAGUUUGGGAAUAAAGUUGCAUCUGGGUCCUGUGGAGAUUUAUAUAAAGGUACAUAUUGUACUCAAGAAGUUGCCAUUAAAGUCCUCAAGCCCGAGUGUGUAAAUCCAGAUAUGCUGAAAGAUUUUGCCCAGGAAGUCUACAUUAUGAGGAAAGUUCGACACAAGAAUGUUGUACAAUUCAUUGGUGCGUGUACCAAGCAUCCAAGUUUGUGCAUUGUAACAGAAUAUAUGUCCGGUGGAAGUGUGUAUGACUACUUGCAUAAGCAAAAGGGAGUUUUUAAGCUUCCAUCCUUGCUCAAGGUCGCAAUUGAUGUUUCCAAAGGAAUGACCUACUUGCAUCAAAAUAACAUAAUCCACAGGGAUUUAAAAGCCGCCAAUCUCUUGAUGGAUGAAAAUGAAGUUGUUAAGGUUGCUGAUUUCGGGGUUGCUAGAGUAAAAUCUCAAUCUGGAGUAAUGACAGCAGAAACUGGGACUUAUAGGUGGAUGGCUCCAGAGGUUAUAGAACACAAGGCAUAUGAUCACAAGGCGGAUAUUUUUAGCUUUGGAGUUGUGUUAUGGGAGUUACUGACUGGAAAGCUUCCAUAUGAAUACUUGACCCCGUUACAAGCAGCCGUUGGAGUUUCCCAAAAGGGCUUACGGCCGACCAUCCCAAAGAAUACUCCUCCCAAGCUUGCCGAGCUGCUCGAAAAAUGCUGGCAGCAAGAUCCAGCAUCAAGACCUGAUUUCUCAGAAAUCAUAGAGAUUCUGCAGGCAUUAGCCGAACAGGUUGGUGAUGGAGUGGAACGACACAAAUUAUCGGGAGGAUUUCUGUCCGUCCUGAGACGGGGUCAUCACUAACCAAGGCAAGCAUAUGUGUAUUACUCUACUUAUCAAAAGGAAUUAGUGCAGUGCGGGGAAUUCCCCAACCAUUUCACAUACCAUGUACAGUGCCACGUCCAACCAUUAACUUGUUAGAGCCAUUCUGCCUUUUUAUUUAUUUAUUUAUUUUGCGUUUUCAUAUCGUAGCAGCAGUUCCGAAUGUAAUGGUAAUGGGUUGGAUGAACAUGUUGUUGUGAUGUUUAACGACAACAAUGUUGUCGUGAGUUUCUUUCGAUGCAAAAGUGGACAAUAAUGACAAUAUCUUAUUAUGUGACUUCAUUACUUUAAUACGAUUUAGAUUUUCACUUGUA